UUAGCGCUGUGGUAACAGCGAGCGGCCUCCAACCACACGAUGGUGCUCAUUUGCGGCCCAAGGAGGAACUAAAACAUGUGACGUAUAAAAUGACAGGAAUGACAGGAAAUGCUGUAGACACGAAAACUUCCUCCAGUUACUAGAGAUGGCUUGCUCUGAUAGUCAUAAAGGAAGUGUGGAAGAGGACAGUUAUGAGGGAGUUCUUGGUGGCCAGCUGUCCAGCUGUGCCUUGGCGAUGUUGGAAAAGGAACGGGAAUCCAUACACAGCCCGUCGGAGAGCCCUGGAACCUUAAUGAACAGCAGCACCUCAACCAGUCUCCAGUCUGCUGCCCUUGUGCAAGGCUAUGAUGUGGAGUUUGACCCACCACUUGAGAGUAAAUACGAGUGUCCCAUUUGUCUGAUGGCACUCAGGAAUGCCAUUCAAACACCCUGUGGGCACCGUUUCUGCAAGAGCUGCAUUGAGAAGUCUAUUCGGGAUACAGGACAGAGGUGCCCAGUGGACAAUGAAAUGCUGUUAGAAGACCAGCUCUUUCCUGAUAACUUUGCCAAAAGGGAAAUUCUUUCCCUCACUGUCCGCUGCCCAAACGCUGGAUGUACUGACAAAAUGGAGCUCCGACGUUUAGAGAAUCAUUUGGCACACUGUCCAUUCGCAACCAUGCCCUGCCCACAGUGCCAACAGUCUGUAAGAAAAACCUGCAUAGAGGAACACAAAACCAUAGAGUGCCCAAGGAGACCCAUGACCUGCCCAGACUGUGUUGCAAGCUUUGUAUAUGAGGAGAAGGAGCUUCAUGAGCAGCUUUGUCCCUUUGCUAACAUCAAGUGCCAGUACUGUGAGCUGGAUCUCAUCAGAGACCAGAUGGACUCUCAUUGUGAUACAGACUGUCCUAAAGCCCCAAUUGCCUGCACCUUUAGCCCCUUUGGAUGUAAGGAAAGGAUGCAGCGCCACAACCUGGCUCAGCACAUGCAAGAUUUCACACAGAUGCACAUGCGCUACAUGGCAGAGUACUUGCGCAGUCUUAGCCUCAAUGGCACAGCACCAAAAUCCCUUUGUACUCUUGGAUCUGCGGUAUCAUCUGAGGAUCAAGGAGCUGCAGUGUCCACAUCAACUUUUCGAGGAGCUGCAAGCUGUAGCAGCAGUUGUGCCCCAUGCCAGCAUAGUGAAGAGAUGCUUCGGAUCCGGGAAAUGGAUGGACGAUUAGUGAAACAGGAUCACCAGCUACGUGAGCUCAUCAUCUUAAAUGAUACUCGGGCAGGGCAGCUUGCUGAGCUCCAGCGAAAGGUAUCAAUGCUGGAGGAGACGGUGAAGGAGCUGGAGGCCCAGCAAUGUCAUGGCAUAUUCAUCUGGCGCCUCAGAGCUUUUUCUACCCACCUCCGCAACCAAGAAGCAGGCCUGCCCGUGGUUGAGCACAGCCCUGGUUUCUACACCGGCCGGCCAGGCUACAAACUGUGUCUGCGCCUGCACCUACAGACUCCCAAUGCCCCACGCUGCUCCAACUACAUCUCCCUCUUUGUUCACACCAUGCAAGGAGCUUUUGAUGGACAACUUAACUGGCCCUUUCAGGGCACUAUUCGUCUCGCCAUCCUUGACCAGGGCUCUGACGCACAGCACCACAUGGAGGUGAUGGAGACCAAGCCCGACCUUCAAGCCUUCCAGAAGCCUACCAUUCCGCGCAACCCCAAAGGUUUUGGGUAUGUGACUUUCUUGCACCUGCAUCAGCUGAGUCACCGAGCCUUUGUCAAAGAUGACACCCUUCUCAUCCGCUGCGAGGUCACACCACGUUUUGACAUGUUCCACCGCGAGGGACCCCCGGUGCAGCCGAGAGGACCUGAAGCAUCCCGGGACUAAAUUAUGUCAGUCAUGCGUAGUUACAAGUGUGCAAAAAUAGGCUAGUAUUUAUUAUCACCAGCUUUUAAAUGUCUUUGAAUGAUUUAAAUGCAGUCUCAUUUCAAUGAGUUUUGAAAUAUUCUGCAUGUUCGCACAUCUUCCAACAAGCCUUACAUGUUCAUGUUGUAUGAAUAGAAAUAUGGUCAUUGACGCAGGGUUCCUACACAAAUAUGGAAUAUGAUUAAAUAAAUCUGGAAAGUGUGGUAUGGAAAAUGAAAACUCCAGUAUUACAAAAUCUUCAUGUUUCCAAGAUUGUUGCCACUGUUCUUUUUUGUAAAAGAUAAAAUUGUGAAUAAGUAAAGGGUGGGGGAAAAAAAAGAAAUGGAUCAAUCUGUUUUUCUCAGGCGCUUGCUAGGACAGCUAAGAUGUUUGUGUGGGUGACACAUCCUGGAAAACAUUUGGAAAGAUUGACAAGUUGAAUGAAAUUAUAUGGUGAUAUAAUGACAUACAGUAUAUACAAACCAUUAAUUCCAUAAUUUAUUUACAACAUGAUACUAGUGAUGCAACUAUUCUUAGGCCGUAGGUGGACUACGUCAAUAUGAACCAAACACAAACAGUUAGUAGUUUGAGCAACAACAUAUCAGAAGCGGCAAAAAUAUUGAUCACUGGUUUCCAAAGUCAAAGUUGAUGUGUGUGAAUAUCUUGUUUUACCUAAAACACAAAGAUAAUAGGUCUGCUUUCUUGGAUGAUUAAGGAAAUUUAAAAACAUUUGGGAGGCUGAAAUCAUUUUUAAAUCAAAAACGAUUAAUCAAAAACCAAAAUAGUUGUAGAUUAAUUAGAUAACGAUUAAUCAUUGAUUCAUCAAUUAAUUGUUGCGGCUCUAAUGAUACACAUUUAUUUACUGAGUGGAAAAAAUCUGUAAUUUUGAAAUGUCAAAUCCGUAGAACCCUGUUGAUGUACAUUUUCUGCCUAUAGACUGACUGUUACUACGAUGUACCGUAACUGGACCUUUUUUUUUUUUUGACAAAACUUUUUUCAUUAUUUACCAGCAUAUGCCGACUGCUGAUCACAAGCUUUGGAGGGGAGUGACAAUCAUGUUUUUACUAUCUACACCCAUGUCAAGCCCAUAACCCAAUUGUUCAGUGUUCUUGCUGACUGAAAUGCCAUAUAUUUACAGUAGGGUUGUUUUGUUUUUUUUAAAAAAUUGGGUUAAUUCUAAGAUUUUGAUUGAUGUCUUCAAAUUGUAACAUCUAUUGUUGAUUUGUACGAUAACGGUGUUGACUAUGAGCACAUUAUUAUGUGGAUUAUUAUUAUUUCAAUUAGUAUGUAUAUAUAUUUUUGGCAAUGAAACAUUCGAGAAGACUGAUCAUUGAAAUGUGAAAAGUUGCUGAUAUUCUUUAACUGCUGACAUUAAAAAAGGUGACUGAUAAGUGUGGCAUGCAAAGCUUUCUGCCAGGCUAACCUAAAUAAGUUAGAAGCACUUAUUCUACAGUACCCCGCCUCCAAAUUAUUUUAUUCUCAUUUAAAACAUGUUCAAAAUAGAUAGGCUGGAUUAAAAUAUUUGGCACGUUUAAAUUGUAUCUUUCCUAAAAAAAAAAAAAAAAAACAAGCUGGCAUCACAGUUUUUAUGCAAUGUAUUUUCUUUUUCUUCUUCUUUUAUUUUCUUCCCCACAAGAUGUAAAGGAGAACAAACGUUCUCAUCCAUGACAUACAGACAUAAUGUAUAACCUAUUGUACAGAUAGACACUUAAAAACAAAUAAAAUUUUCAAGAGAAGUAAAUAUUAU